UUGGCAAAUUUUCACGAUUUAAAAAAACAUUGAAAAAAUGAAACUUUGACCUUGAAAUUGGUGGUCAAGAGGUCAGAUUUACAAGUAUUUAAUAGUUUUUCCGUAUUCUACAUAAUUCUCCGAUGAAACGAGAUCGUUAUCUUUUUUGGGAAUAUUUUAAAAUUUCAAUCUCACUUAGUACGCCAACGUGAAAAAUUGGUUCAGCAAAACUGGUUGACACACCACUAGAUGAUUCCACUUAUAUCUUGCUCGAUUUUUUUCAAGGUCAAAGCACAAGUACUACAGGAAAAUCUUCAAGGCGCCUGUGUCUUCAAUCAAAAAUCGCUUGCUCGGUACUGACUAUGCCAAAUAGGUUGAAACAGCGUUAUGCUGGUGGUUCUUGAUUUGAAAUCGUGGAUGGUCGUAUAAGUGCUCAUCUUUUCAUUUCAGUUUAGGCAGCGUAUCGUUCAUUUAAUUCACAUUAUUGAAUAUUGUUAACAAACUUGGAAAAUACUUCUCGAACCAAAGAUACAUCAUUGUUAUCUUAAGAUUAAUAAAAUGUGAAAAAAAAACAUGGAACUCACUAACGUUAAGUACUUCUUUUACAGGCGUUAUCAACAGAAUGGAGCACCCGAUAAAAAGGCCGGAGAAGAUAAAGCUGACUGAGAUAAACCCGUAUCUGACAUGUUAUCUCUGCAAAGGAUAUUUAAUAGACGCGACGACGAUAUCGGAGUGUUUGCAUUCGUUCUGCAGGAGUUGUAUCAUCAAGUUCCUCCAGGAUAACAGUUACUGUCCUGUUUGUGAAGUCAUCAUCAACAAGGCCAAACCUAAUCUCAAAUUGGACAAAACUUUGCAAGACAUCGUUUACAAGUUGGUACCGGAGUUGUUUCUACGUGAAAUGACAAGACGAAAGCAGUACUAUCGGCAGUACCCACAGAUUGCGGCGAGAGUGUCACCGGAAGAGAGAGGUGAAGAUAUCGAAAGAACGAUCUUCAAUCCGCAAGACUUCAUCAGUUUAUCAAUGGAGUAUAUAAG